GAUCUGUCACUUACCACACAAACAAGGUUUAUUAAUCCGACAAUACUGAACACCCACAAACAGAGAACAGACAAACUUUGUCUUGUAGCUGUUGUCAAUGAGUUUGUAGCUCUUAAUGACAAUCGUAAAGGCAACUUUGGCACCUUCAGACAAUCCGACUUAAAAAUGUCCGAGUGACACUUAACCGUUGCGUGUGCUGGGUUUUGGUUUAAAGUCUAUUCAUUUAAAUUUUGGUCUAACGUGGGGGCCAGGUUAUAACUUGUUGUUUUAAGUGUCGAUGUAAUAAUUACAAAUCUAUAUCACUAUUGGCAGUUUUAGAUGCAUUUAUAGCCAUUUCAGAAGACUUAAAUUUGAAAUUUUCCCGUGGGAGCAUGCCCUCGGAUUCCCUUAGUCUGCUCUCGCUUACGCGUUCGUAUUAGCCACCCAGCUGGAAAAUCCGCUCCGCGGGCCCUGCCAUAAAGCCCGAAAUUAGGCAUUUUCACUCAGACUAUUGCUGCACAACUUCGUCCCUAGUCACUAAAGUGCACGAUAAUGCACGUCACACAGCAGGAUUUUUUAAUUAACUUAAAUUCUAACAAAAAUGUCUGAGUAAUACAAAAAUAGCGCAUACAAAUAAUUUUUUUUGCAACAAAAAGAUUUUAUUAACGACUCCACAACAUUUCAUGAACUGGACAUAAUCUGAUGCUAAUAUUUAAAACUUUACAUAAAAUUAUGAUCUACACUACACUUUAUCCUGUAAAUUAAAUCAAGAUUUAUACCCGACACCAGAAAUAAAUAACUAAAUAAAUAGAUAACAAUAAAGAUCAGAGAGAAGGGGCAGCGGGGGGCGGGGCAGGUUCGAUUUAGAGUGCAUUUACAUUACGUUUUAAAUGUGAUUUGAUUUUUUUUCCCCAUUUUUGUUAUGGUAUUCUUCCCUAUUUAUCCUUCCAGGUUAUUCCGUAUAAAUGCUAUUCUACCUUCCAUAUCGUGUAUUGCUCCGAUUUUUUUAAAAAGACCCGCAUUACUGGUUUAACACCAUUAAAAACAGCGAUAAAUAUAAAACUUUGCCACUAGAAUAAGGUGAUUUACCCUGCCGAUAAAAUCUUCUGCAUGAAGAUACCAAAUCAAGAAAGGAUAAAUAAAGCAUUGACAACCGACAAAGGUUCUAAUUUGAUAUUACAUUCCAUAAGCCAGGAAAGGAGAGCUACCCAAAAGAAUCUUGUUAUUUCGCAGUUGCAAAAAAGAUGCUCUAGGGAUUCAAUCGUACGUUUUUGCAAAGGGUACAUUGAGGCGAAUCAAUCUUCUUAUUAAUCUUAAAUAUAACUUUUCAUUCGUAAAAACAGUGUUGCUCAGAACCUUAUAUUGGAAGUCUCUAAUUUUUCGUUCUAACUACUCUUUAAAUGAGAGCGAAUAUGUUUCGUUCUAAUCAAAUUGGACAUCAGGAAAUUGAUCCGGGGAACAGUUUGAAAAGUUGUUCGCACUAGGAUUCAUAAUCCUGUGCGCACCUCUUGGAAAAUCCUGGCUAUGCACGUUUUUGCAAAUAGGUAGUGCAAGUUAUAGGGACCAAUAAAAUAAGAGGUUUGGAUGGGUGCAGGUCAAUUGCAAGCUAUGCACCUGAUAAACAGAUGAUAAAGUGCUAACCAGACCUUUCUAGGCAGAAAGGAGACAAAAGCGCUUGGGGAGCCAAGGGGAAAAGGAAACAAGCUUUCUACCAAGGACUUCUGGAAUCUUCCACCCCUGCCAUUUCUUUCUCUUAUUUGGCUGUCGAAGGUUGCUUUGUUCUACAAGGGGAGUCCCCCACUGGUUCCACAGAAUACUAUUGCUUUAAAAGCAAUUGAAUGAAAUGGCAACCAUUGCAUAGGUAAUUACAAGAGAUCAUCUCGUGGUAAUUACUAUUCACAUGGGGAAACGAGAAACUCGUGUUGGAAAAAGGGAACCUUAGAAAGUAUGGGCUGUCGUUGAAGGCGAAGCAAUUUCUACGCGUUUCUGUUUUUUUCUCAGUGUGUAUGGUUGAUUAGUUUAUCUGUUUGCAAACAGAAUAGGAGACCUGUGCAUCAGGCAGGCCUCGUUCCCGCGUUUUCUGCCAUGAUGGCGUGUACCGCUGCGAAACAUCGUAUCAAAACGCUGAAUACGUUUUUGCAAGAGCGGCAAGUUCAUUUGCCUUGGAGUAGUUUGUCCUUUCUCUUUUCUGACACUGUUGCGGAGUCGGGUGAUCCUACAUUUGGUUCAAUAAGAAGGGUGUUGUUUAUUCGUAGGUAAGUCUUUUAACUGUCCAGUUCUGGCCACUCUCUCAUAGACACCAAAUAUCGUUUUGAGAUUUGGUGAACGCCUUUUUCAAGUGAAAUGAGAAGAUAGAUAGAAAGUCACGUUUCUUUAAUAAAACAUAUACAAGGACCGAGACGAAGACAGGUUCCUGGAAAAAAGGUACACAAUUUUGUUCAAUUAAUUUAUUUAAGCUUAUUGUGAGCUUAUAGGUUUAAACAACAAAAAUUUGAACAAAAAUCUGAUCUAUAGAACAGAAUGUUGCAAGUGACACAUGGAUGGCUCAAAAAGCCAAGGGUCAAUCAUGUACAAUGUUGAAAGCUUUUAUUGCAUGAUAGAUGGUAUAAAUGUUUUAGAGACAUAACUGUUUUUUUUUUCUUUUUUGUAAAAUACACGAGUUAGCCAGUUGAAGAAAAAGGCCGCUAAAAAGGGGAUAGUUUCUGGGGGACUCCUUGGAGUUGUUCGUGGGGAUGGUCUGCCGUUAUUCCAGAUCAAAAAAAAAUUUCAUUUUCCACACCCAUUUUCAGACCUGGCCCCAGCUGUUGAAUGGGUGGAUAGCUACCCACGUAUAAAUCUCUUUCCAGUGGAUAGAGCAAUAAUUAUUGGCUUCCCUAAUACUUAUCCACUGGAUAGAGAUUUAUUGGAUGGAUAGUGCUAUCCAGCUUUUGAACAACUGUUGCCAGACCUCUAAUUAAAAUCUAUACCUGUUUUCUGACCUGACCUAUACAACAAAAAGAUUUCCCCAUUUCAAAUUCGCACCUGUCUGAGCGUCAUACACCUACAUGGCUUAUAUAAGGGAGUACCCUCCCCCCCCUUCCCAAUGGGGAAAAGCCAUUGAUCUGUAACAGGGGCCUGUAUGUAAACAUAGAGCUGCAGAGCUUUUAAAAGAUGCAAAAUAAUGCAAAUACUGCUCUUGUCAUGGAAAUCCCCCACCUAUUCAGGAUUCAUUAGGGCUUUGUCUCUACUUUUUUAAAGGAGUUUGUACAAUAAAGCUAGACAAAUUCAACCUGUAAUCAAUUGCACAUUCAACUUUUGUGUUGUAAAAAAAAUUGAUUCUGUCUUGAUUUUCCUUUGAGAGAAUUGCACAAUAACCUCUUUGUUGUGGAGUUCCUAGUAUGAGAAAAGAUAAUUGAGGAUAUCUCAAGUCAAUUUCAGCACAGUUUUGACCCAACAAUGUGUAAUUCAUCAUGGGGGAAAAUUUUGAGAUGCUUAAGUUUUUUUGCCUGGGGGUGGGAAGGGGGGCACUCCUUGGAAUUCUUGGUGAGGGUUUGCUGCCUGGUUUUCCAAAUCCUGACCCUAUUGCACAGCAAAAAUGUCAUUUUCCACACCUGUUUUCAGACCUGAUCUCUGAAAUCCAUACCUGUUUUCAGACUUGGCCUUAGAGUACAAAUAAAAAAAAUUCUUCAAAUGCAUUUCAAAUUUGCAUAUUUCUAAUUCUUUCUUGUUCAUUUGGAAUUUAAAUGAUAAAUACGUUCAUACGUUCCCGUAGUUCCCUCGAAAACCAUACCUGUUUACAGACCAAAAUGGACAAAGUGUAUACCUGUUUUCAGACCAAAAAGGCACAAAAAUCAUACCCUUUGGGUGGCACAUACCUAUAUAGCUUAUUUAAGGGAGUACCCCCCGGGUAUUUUUGGUUAACGUUUACCUUUUUCUUUUAGUUUUUUUCCUUGUGUGAAUAUUUUUUUUCCUCUCUCCCCCAUAACUUUUCCAAAGUUCCUUCACUUAACUGACACCAUGCUAUUUAUUUGUUUGUUAAUUUUUUAAUUGUUCUUAUUAUUGUCUUGCAGUUUUCAAAAAUGUGAAGGAUGGAGCCCCAAAAAAGGCUGUUGA